UGCUUCUAGAAGCGGCGUGGUCAAAACUGUUUAACUUGACAAACUUUUCUGAGGUGUUAAAUUGUGAUAAUGUUGAGGGUGGCCAGUGUGUUCCGUUCAUCAGCUACAAGGCAAUUGGUUCCUAUGCUUUGUCGGCAUUAUGCCAAGGAUAUUAAAUUUGGAUCUGAUGCUAGAGCACUUAUGCUGCAAGGUGUAGAUCUUCUUGCUGAUGCUGUUGCAGUAACAAUGGGCCCAAAGGGUCGAAAUGUGAUUUUGGAACAAAGCUGGGGUAGUCCUAAAAUUACAAAAGAUGGUGUCACUGUUGCAAAAGGCAUUGAUCUUAAGGACAAAUUUCAAAACAUUGGUGCCAAACUGGUGCAAGAUGUGGCUAACAAUACAAAUGAAGAAGCUGGAGAUGGAACGACUUCUGCCACAGUUCUUGCAAGAUCAAUAGCAAAGGAAGGUUUUGAAAGAAUUAGCAGGGGAGCUAAUCCUGUUGAAAUUAGAAGAGGCGUAAUGUUGGCGGUUGAUGCUGUUGUUGAACAUUUGAAAAAAAUGUCUCGCCAAGUUACAACUCCAGAAGAAAUAGCUCAGGUUGCCACUAUAUCUGCUAAUGGGGAUAAAUCUAUAGGAGAACUCAUAUCAAGUGCCAUGAAGAAAGUUGGAAGGGAUGGAGUCAUAACUGUUAAGGAUGGUAAAACACUUAAAGAUGAACUGGAGACAAUAGAAGGAAUGAAGUUUGAUAGAGGAUAUAUUUCUCCAUACUUCAUGAACACAGCUAAAGGUGCAAAGUGUGAGUUUCAAGAUGCUCUUGUACUGUUGAGUGAGAAAAAAAUUUCCAGCAUACAAUCCAUUAUUCCAGCUUUAGAAUUAGCAAAUCAGGCCAGGAAGCCCCUUCUCAUUGUUGCUGAAGAUGUUGAUGGAGAGGCUUUAAGUACUUUAGUUUUAAAUAGAAUAAAAGUAGGUUUGCAAGUUUGUGCUGUUAAAGCUCCAGGAUUUGGUGAUAAUAGAAAAAAUACAUUAAUAGAUAUGGCUAUUGCCACUGGUGGAGUGGUAUUUGGUGAUGAAGGUAACUUGUAUAAAUUAGAGGAUAUUCAAAUGCAAGAUUUUGGUAAUGUUGGUGAAGUAACAGUGACCAAAGAUGAUACAUUAUUAAUGAAAGGAAAAGGAAACAAAGCUGAUAUUGAAAAGCGCAUUGCCCAAAUUAAAGAUGAAAUUGAAAUUAGCACAUCAGAAUAUGAAAAAGAAAAAUUUGGUGAACGUUUGGCUAAAUUAUCAAAUGGUGUUGCUGUAUUAAAGAUAGGUGGGACAAGUGAGGUUGAAGUGAAUGAAAAGAAAGACAGAAUUAAUGAUGCUUUAAAUGCAACUAGAGCAGCUGUUGAGGAAGGUAUUGUUCCAGGUGGUGGCACUGCUUUACUACGAUGCAUUUCAGUUUUGGACAGUGUUAAGACAGAAAAUGAGGAUCAGAUUACUGGAGUGAACAUAAUAAGAAAAGCUCUUCGUGUUCCUGCAUUAACCAUAGCCCAAAAUGCUGGUGUAGAUGCACAUGUAGUAGUUGAAAAAGUCCUGAAUUCCAGCGGUGAUAUUGGUUAUGAUGCAUUAAAUAAUGAAUAUGUAAAUCUCAUUGAGCAAGGAAUAAUAGAUCCAACCAAAGUUGUGAGAACAGCACUUGUUGAUGCUGCAGGAGUAGCUUCACUAUUGACAACAGCUGAAGCAGUUGUGGUUGAUCUGCCAAAAGAGGAGAAAGAAGCUGGCAUGGGAGGCAUGGGAAUGGGAGGUAUGGGUGGAAUGGGAGGCAUGAUGUAAAGUGACCGGAUUCCAGAAAUUGUUACACUGUGAAACAAAGAAAAUAUUUUUUAGAAAACAAAAAUAUUUUUUGUUUUUGAAAGAUACAAAACAAUUAGUACUGUGUUCAGUAAAGAUCUUGAGGCUAUAUUUGUGGACAUGUAAAAUAUUUCAGCUUAGAAGAGCCAACAAAACAUUUUUUGUGGCACACAUUCUGUAAGCUCUAAACACAUGUCCCCCAGCUAAACAGAUCAAUUUGAAAUGCAAUAAAUGUUGUUUUAAUUCUGCCGUGAUAUUGUAUAGAUUUAAAUAACAUUUAUUAUGUAAUUUUCUCUCCAUAUUUGUUAUAUAUGUUAAUGUACAUUUGGUUGCACAAGUUAGUGGCGUGAGAAUAUCUCAUUGUUAAGAAUGGUUAUUAGAUUCUCAUUAUCACCAGAUCAUUCUUGAAUGUAACGGAGAUGUUUGAUUGCUUUAGCAGAGAAACUUUUUUUGUAUGUGAUGAAAGAGAAUAAAUUUUUUAUACUUUGAAA